AUGUUACGAGAGGUGAUGCAAAAGUUCUCUGACGGGAAAUUUGCGCAUGGCUCUAACUACGUAGAAUUGGUUUCAAGAACCGCUGAGAGAUCACCUUUCGCAGAAUGGAUACAGAACAAGCUGAAGCCGAGAGAUUUCGUGAUUCCCCCUCUACCAGCAUUCAAUGGGAGGGGAGGCCCACUUAAUCACUUAUUCCAGUUCCAACAGAAGAUGGCCUUGGAAGUAAAUAAUGAAGCCAUAAAAUGCAAAGUAUUCUCCACGACUUUUUAUGUACUAGCUCUGCUGUGGUUCAGGCAACUAAAGCCUGGCUCUGUCAGCAGCUUCUGCGACCUUCGCAGAGCUUUUCUUCAGCAGUACAGUGCCAAUCGCGAAGCUCCAAGAACGAUGGUAGAUCUCUACCGAAUUGAGCAAGGAAAAAAUGAGCACCCAAAGUCGUACCUACAAUGCUUUAUCGUUCUUGUACAACAAAUUCACAACGUAGAGCCAGCAACCACGACCAACCUCUUCAUCAAGAGUCUGCAGAUGGGGUCCCUCUUACACGAAAAUCUCACUACCCCACCUUAUGACAUGGAAGAAAUUCAGGUCUGUGCCGAGGGCGUCUUCAGAGUCUUGGAAUAUCGAAAGCGUGCACAGAAGAAGUUUGCUCUCAUUUCCACACCACCACCAAACAACCCGUCCCCACCAUCUAAACGGGACGAAAAAAUAAAAAGGCAUGAGUCAGACCCUUCGAAGGGGGGAAAGAGGCCAAGAACUAGCCGAGAUCCAUCAAGAUUCUCUUCUUUCGAGUACAUUAUCCCCCAGGAGGUCAUCUAUGAAGAGAACAAAGACAGACUCAUAUGGCGGGAACCAUACAAAAUCACCACUCCCCCAUAA